AAACGUAAUGUGUGAGACAAGAAGGAAAGAAAAACAAGCGGGAGAGCGUAUAGCAGGAAGCAACACCAACAACAAAAGUAAACAAAAUAGAAAACAAAACCAUGGACGAUGGAGUCGUUCAACGAGUGUUUCAAGAAGGAGGACGGGAUUAUUUUCAACCGCAACCCUCCACUUCUUCUUCGUCUUCCUCUUCAAUUCUCCAAUCGCUCCCUCUCCACGUGUCUUUUGAUCAUGGGUAUUAUUUGUUAGUAAAAUCUAUUCAAGAGCUUAGAGAGAAGAAAAGGGGUCUUGUUACAGUUGGCAUUGGUGGUCCAAGUGGUUCGGGUAAAACAAGCUUAGCAGAGAAGGUUGCAUCUGUAAUUGGUUGUAAUGUUAUAUCAAUGGAGAAUUAUCGUGUUGGAGUUGAUGAGGGGAAUGAUUUGGAUGCAAUAGAUUUUGAUGCAUUAGUGCGAAAUCUAGAGGAUUUGACAAAAGGUAAAGAUACUCUACUACCUAUGUUUGAUUUCCAACAAAAGAGACGCAUUGGUACAAAAGCAAUAAAGAGUGCUUCAUCUGGUGUGGUAAUAGUUGAUGGUACCUAUGCUCUGCAUGCAAGGUUGCGCUCUGUGCUAGAUAUUCGGGUUGCAGUGGUUGGUGGUGUUCAUUUUAGUCUUCUUUCCAAAGUUCAAUAUGAUAUUGGAGAUUCUUGUUCACUGGAUGACCUUAUUGACAGUAUUUUCCCAUUGUUUACAAAACACAUUGAGCCAGAUCUUCAUCAUGCACAGAUUAGGAUUAACAACAGCUUUGUUUCAUCAUUUAGAGAAGCAAUUUACAAGCUAAAGUGCAGAAGUGAGGAGUCAGGUGGACUUUCUGCUUCUGCCUUCCAAGGAAAUGAAGCAAAAACGGAUAAUUUUAUUGAGAUGUACCUUAGGCCACCGUCAGCAAGUGAAGAAGCAAGAAUAAAUGAUUGGAUUAAGGUGCGGCAAUCUGGUAUUAGAUAUUAUCUAUCCCUUGGAGACCAGAGGAUUGUAGACAAAAACUUCAUCAUCAGGCCAAAAGCUGAGUUUGAGGUUGGACGGAUGACGCUUGGUGGCUUGCUCGAUUUGGGGUACUCUGUUGUUGUGAGUUAUAAACGAGCAUCUACGUCUGUUAUUAUUGGCAAUCUUUCAUUGUCACUUGAAACUAUUGAUACUCUUGGCGAGACAUUCUUGGUGCUGAGGGGCACAGAUAGGAAAACAGUUGGAGCUGAAGCUUUGAGGAUGGGUAUUAAUGGACCAUGGAUUACAAAAUCAUACCUGGAAAUGUUUCUUGAGAGUAAAGGUGUACCACGCCUUAGUUCACCACCACUUUUGCCAAAUACAACGGCGACUAGUAGUCAAGAAAGAGUAAUUGCUGCCCCAAAGCCAAUCCGUACCGCUUCAAACCCUGUUACACGGCUUGAGGAUCUUUCUCAACCAUGGACUCGGUCCCCAACAAAAUCUAAAAUGGAACCUGUAUUAGCAACAUGGCAUUUUAUCUCAUCAGAUCCAUCACAUGCUGAUAGUUCAGCCAUAGACUUCUCUCAUGAAGCAACCACAGGUUCUUCCUCUUUCAGGAAUACCAUAAAGCUUGCUCCAAUGCCUGAUUCAUAUGACUUGGACCGAGGAUUGCUUCUUUCUGUUCAAGCCAUACAGGCUUUGUUGGAGAAUAAAGGUCUUCCUGUUAUAGUUGGAAUUGGAGGUCCAAGUGGAUCUGGAAAAACUAGUCUGGCUCAUAAAAUGGCUAAUAUUGUUGGUUGUGAAGUAGUUUCCCUUGAAAGCUAUUUUAAACCUGAUCAAGUGAAGGAUUUUAAGUAUGAUGACUUUAGCUCUCUUGAUCUAUCUUUGCUUUCAAAGAAUAUUAGUGACAUAAGGAAUGGUCGAAGAACAAAGGUACCUAUAUUUGACUUGGAAACUGGUGCUCGUAGUGGCUUUAAGGAACUUGAAGUUUCUGAAGAUUGUGGCGUCGUAAUUUUUGAAGGAGUUUAUGCCUUACAUCCUAAAAUCCGAAAAUCAAUUGACCUGUGGAUUGCUGUUGUCGGAGGUGUUCAUUCUCAUCUGAUUUCUCGAGUCCAAAGGGACAAAAGUAGAGUGGGGUGUUUUAUUUCCCAAAAUGAGAUUAUGAUGACGGUCUUUCCAAUGUUUCAGCACCAUAUUGAACCUCAUCUUGUUCAUGCACAUCUGAAAAUCCGAAAUGACUUUGAUCCUGUGCUUUCCCCAGAGAGUUCAUUGUUUGUUUUAAAAAGUAACAAGCAAGUGGCAUAUCAAGACAUAUUAAAAAUCCUUGACCCUGCAAAGUUCUGCAGUUCUGUUCAGAAUUUCAUUGAUAUAUACUUAACGCUUCCUGGAAGUCCUGUAAAUGGGCAAUUGUCAGAGGGUGAUUGCAUUCGUGUAAGAAUAUGUGAGGGCAGAUUUGCAUUGCUGAUACGGGAGCCCAUAAGAGAAGGGAAUUUCAUCAUUCAACCCAAAGUGGAUUUUGAUAUUAGCAUUAGUACUGUUGCUGGCCUCCUUAACCUUGGGUAUCAAGCUGUAGCUUAUAUUGACGCAUCAGCAUUUAUCUACCAAGACGGAAAGAUUCUCAUUGAGGUGGAUCAUCUCCAAGGUGCCUCUAGUCCGUACCUACAGAUUAAAGGUGUCAACAAAGAAGCUGUAGCAGCUGCUGGUUCAACACUUAAACUGGAUGGUUCAUAUACAACAAAGAGUUACCUUCAAAUAAUUUUGGAAAGAUUACCGACAGUGGAAAGAAGUUCAACUGGAAUACACACUCAGCAAGCUACAAGGUUGCAGGAACUGGUUGAAUUUAUACAGUCUCAGCAGGUUAGCAGUUCAUCUUCAGAAUCCUCACAAGGUAGAGAGGCUUCUUCUGUAGAAGGCAUGAUUGAAGACAUGCAAUCCAGGAUUAAGAGGCUUGAGCGGUGGCAUACCAUCAACACGGUUCUAUGGACUUUUCUGAUGUCUGCUCUAGUUGGUUAUUCACUUUACCAAAGAAAGCGGCAAUAACUGACUGACAUUUUCAUUGGCAAACCUCGACUCUAACAAGGACUCCUAACAGAGUUACAUGUUCCUUCUCUUGCCAAUAAAAUUUCUAUUUCAUUGAUCUUAAAACUUACACCUCAAAGCCUAUUGUUUAAUUGCUCCCAUUUGUAAAUACAUUGUCUCAAAGAAAAAAGCC